AUGGAACCAGAAAACCAAACACUAGUCUCUGAAUUCUUCCUCCUGGGACUCUCAGAAAAGCCCGAGCAUCAGCCUCUCCUCUUUGGGCUCUUUCUGCCCAUGUACUUGAUCACCAUCACCGGCAACCUGCUCAUCGUCCUGGCCAUCAUCACAGACUCCCACCUCCACACGCCCAUGUACUUCUUCCUUGCCAACCUGUCCUUCGUGGACAUGCUCUUCUCGUCCACCACUGUGCCCAAGAUGCUGGUGAACAUCCAGACCCGAAACAGAGCCAUCCCCUUCGCGGGCUGCCUGGUGCAGAUGUAUGCUUUCCAUCUGUUCGGCACCAUGGACAGCUUCCUUCUGGCUGUGAUGGCCAUCGAUCGCUUCGUGGCCAUUGUUCACCCUCUACAUUACUCAGUCAUCAUGAGCCCCCGAGUCUGUGGGCUCCUGGCUGGAGGCCCUUGGGUGAUCACCAAUCUCCAGUCCCUCGUGCACACCUGCCUCAUGGCCCGGCUGACCUUCUGCUCGGGUUCUGAGAUCUCCCACUUCUUCUGUGACCUCAUGCCACUGCUGAAGCUCUCCUGCUCGGACACGCACACCAACAAGCUGGUCAUCUUUGUGUUUGGCAUCGUUAUGGGCAUCAGUCCGCUGUCCUGCAUCCUUCUCUCAUACAUCUGCAUCUUCCGGGCAGUCUUCAAGAUCCCUUCUGCCCAGGGCAAGUGGAAAGCCUUCUCCACCUGCGGCUCUCACCUCACUGUGGUCUCACUCUUCUACGGGACCAUCUUUGCUGUGUACCUGCAACCUGCAUCGCCCACAUCCUCCCAGAAAGACAAGGCAGCAGCCCUAAUGUGCGGGGUGGUCAUCCCCAUGCUGAACCCCUUCAUCUACAGCCUCCGGAACAAGGACAUGAAGGUGGCUCUGAAGAAGCUCGUAGGCAAAGCAGCCUCCUCUUAA